UUUUUCCUGAGUGGAAAGUAGCCUUAAAGCGCCUGGCACGUAGCAUGCAGGCUACUGGAUACGAGGCAGUGUCUCUACAGUCUGUCAGGGGGGGGGGGGUCGCUUUACUCUUGAUUUUUGAAACAGACGAAGUCAACAGAGUGACAAAUUUGAUUAAUUAUAUUUGUUGAAAUGUUUGGAAUUUAGAUUUACCAAAAGUCAACAUAUGCAUGUACUCAAAUAUAAAAGUUUUUUCUACAAUUAAAUUUUCAAAAUGGAUGCUAAUGCGUCUGUAAUGAGCACUGAGACGCUGAUUAUGUCCCUACUAGAACAAAUACAGUGUUUGGAAAGCGAGAGAGACAACGCGAGAGUGCUAGCUUCUCGAAUGCGAGAACGACUGGAAUAUAUUCAAACGAACAACAACACUUUAAAUACCGAUUCAGACGGAACUAGCGCUCAUAAACACGACGUUGGCUCAAAUAACAUCGGCCUGGUUAAAAUGGUGAAGGAAGUUAGCUCCGGUAUGCUCAGCCAGAUUGAGCAAAUUAUUACGAACGAGGAACACAGGUAUCAUAAUUUGAAAGAACUAAGUUCAGAGGCGGAAACAGACCAGACUUCCAGCAUUCGUGGACAACUUUCCGUGUGUCGAGAACAUUAUGAAAAGCUUUUGGAGGAUGCGGAGAACGAUAAAGUCGCACUCCGUAAGAAGUUAAGAGAACAGCAAGACAUGCUCCUUGAUAAAGAUAUCAAAAUUAAAGAAUUAGAAAGAAAACUCAAAAGCAAGUCACCUUCUGACACGGUUAAGUAGACCAACCGAUUGUACUUGUAGCUAUUAAUAUAUUAAUUGUUUUAGAAUUCAACUUUUCUAUUUCAAUUGAUUCAAACAUUUUAGACAAAUUCUUGGUAAAUGCAAUAUCUGCCAUGGAUAAAAUAAGCAAUAUUGUUGCAUCACAUGACAACAUGUUCAGUGCUUAUAAAAUUUGACAAUUGACAUUGUCAGGGCUAGGCAUCAACGCAGUGAUUGAAUGGUUAUCAUAUUAUGACAACCAAAUCAUAUAUAUAUAUAUAUAUACACACUACAAAACAAAUAUGGUAGGUCAAAAAGCUUAUAUUAUAGACUGCUUU